AGUGUGAGUGCGUGCAGAGAGGCUCAGAGUCUGACUCACCUGUGUGAUGCGUACAGGUGUGGCAGGCGGGGAAGCGUCAGGCGUCCAGAGCCUUCAACCUGUACGCCAACAUCGACAUCCUGCGGCCGUACUUUGACGUGGAGCCGGUGCAGGUCCGCAGCAGGCUGAUCGAGUCCAUGAUACCUGUCCGCAUGAUCAACUUCCCCCAGAAGAUCGCCGGCGAGCUGUACGGCCCUCUGAUGCUCGUCUUCACUCUGGUGGCGAUCCUGCUGCACGGGAUGAAGACGUCCGGGACCGUCAUCAGGGAGGGGACCCUGAUGGGAACAGCCAUAGGAACGUGUUUCGGUUACUGGCUCGGCGUUUCCUCCUUCAUCUACUUCCUGGCGUACCUGGUCAACGCUCAGAUCACCAUGCUGCAGACGCUGUCCCUGCUGGUACCACACACACACACAAUA